AUGGGUUGGUGGAGGCGCUUGGGCGCAUUCGAAGUUCGCGCUGCAGUAGCGUGUGGCUAUGGCUGUUCAGCUUACAACAUCUGUUGGGAAGAAGAUAUGUGUACUAAUCUCUCAGUACUGAUCUCUGAGCGAUCAUGCUUGGGUUAUCAGCUUAGAGUCAGAUCAGGUCUGCGAGCACAGAGUCAGACCAAAAGUUCAGCUGUGUGGACUUCCUCCGACUUCUUCGCCGAGCCCGCCGCUUCAACAACGCGUUCAGAUUUGCUCAUCACCCACGCAACAACACGCCUCAAUACCUCUUGUAAACGCGCGGCCCUCGUUGCUCGAAGCGCAAACAGCAUCACAAUGGCGCCGCUCCUGCCCAAUGGCGACUACGACCCUUGUUCUCCACGCGCAAACAACACCACCACCACCACUUCUACGCCACCAUGGUAUCCGUCGCAGAUCCUUCAGUCAAAAUCGUCAAUGAGGUCCACGCUAUCUGCGCCUAAUGGCCUCUCCACCCAUCCAUACGAGCCUGUCCUAUCAACAACACCCACCAACGCUCAGCGCAAGCUACCAACACCGAGAUCUGUCCAGAACUUCAUCAACCCGCAGAAUUUGUUCAAAGAACCACCGCCAGUACGCCCUGCCUGGACACCCAUCAAUGGCAGCUCACCAGCAGAGAUCGCUGCUCGAGCCGCGCUGCGCCUUCUGGACAGACCGAGCCCCAUGCCAGUGCAAUAUCCAAAGACACCCACCAACAGCACCAUCUUCCAGGCGAACUACCAACGCGUCAUACCUGAUUUCGACAUCGACAUGAAUGAGAUCGAGGCGGAGGAAGAGCUUCUCGAGAACCGAACAACUGUGCUGCGCCUGAACCAGGACUGGCAGGUUGACAAGGCAGAUGGGCGGAUGUAUCACAUCGGUCAUCAGCCCGGCGCCGCAUAUUCGGGGACGCUCGCCAACGACGACCCUGAUCAUAUCGACAUACGAGCUCUUGAAAAGAUCGCUAAGCUAGAGGAACAGUGGGCCAGACCACAGAGACUGGCUCGCUCGAAAGAGCUGUUCCAUCUCGCUAAUGAAUACAUUCACCAUGGCAAGUCGCUUCAGCUCCAGCGCACUAGCUUUGUCGUGGAAGGCGAGAGCGUCAUCUGCCAGCGGCCAGGUUGCGAGAAAGCACUGGCGGCCAAUGUCUACUACCUUUGUAUGGGUGAGGAUACCUGCUUCUGUUUGCACUGUUUCGAGAUGUUGUGGGAAGGCAAAUGCACUGGCGGUCUCCCUGACAGAUUUGGAACGCCAAAGGCGCACAGUCGUCGCGACUCUGCAGUUAACGUUGAGAUACCGCAGCUGGAUGGAGUCUCUGACAUCUACUUCGAAGCAACUCAACGGGUCAACGGACUUCAGAGCACUCCAGAGCAUCAGUCGCCUGUCGUCAAUGUCGAGGCGCCAAAGUUGUAUGACGAGCUGCAUCGCCUUGAUCUAAAGCAGUCCAGCCUCAUGCAGUCCAUGCACGCGUUCUCCGACGAUGAGAUCGAUCCGCCACCGCCUGUCUGCACACCCAAGCGUUCUGUCUCCCGCGUGGAGCAGGAUCUCAAAGAUCUACCAGACUCACCAGGCUCCCUUGGCUCGACAGAUUCAAACGGGAAGUGGCGCCACCCACCGACUCGGUUUCAGGAACUACACGCCCACAUUGUGCCAGGAGCCACACUGAGCGAGACAGACAAAGCAGCUUUGGCUCUAUGGAAGCUCGUGAGCAUGGAACAAAGGCGAUGGAACGGACAUCUAGCAAGAAGUGACGCGAGACGGGCUUUCCAAGCUGGUGAGAGUUCUGAAGACCUCAGUGUGAAUAUCACGGCAGUCACUCCCGACGACACCGUGGAGGAAGAAGCGCUCAUGGCUAUUACUGGAUUACGUAAGAAGGACUGCCAAGGAAGGGACUUGUCGGAGGUCCUGAAAGAGGCGGCGUACAUACAGAAGCAGAAGCUGAAGUACUGA